AUGGCACAACAAUCAACAUACAUACUCGCUCCGAACUUUCAUUUCAAACCCGGAACAGGACCCAUAGCGCUAGGCAACAUCAUCGCCGACCCAUUACGACCACAUCGCACGCUAACUACCGUCGAUGCCGGGAUUCUCAAAGCCAGAUACCCACCGGUCGAAACAUUUACCCAUUAUGAAUAUAGUACAUCUCGGGGUACAAGUCGGAACAAUUCACUGAGUGUUUGGGGACAGUUCCUAGGAACCGUUGGCGCAAAAGUCUCGGGUGAACAUGGGUCGAGCCUACAUAACACAUACACAAUGGAUGCUCUGGAGACGAAAUAUUUUGUCGGUGAUCCUGCGCUUGAAGAGCUUGAGGCUCGGUUGAAGGCGCCCCGUGUGCAGGCUGUGCUCAGAACAAGCAGUAUACCAGGCUUUAGGUACCCGGUGUAUAUGGUGACCGGGUUAAUGGUAGCGAAGGGAUUCGCCGUGACCCACGAGACAGGUAAAAAUAGAGGAGCCGAGCUUGGGGCCGAAGGGUCCGCUCCCACCCCUGCAGGUCAGGCUGGAGCUGGCAUCAAUAUCGCUCGAUCACGCUCGAUAGAGCAAAGUGAGGAAUGGAAGGCACGUGAUGACAUUGUCUUUGCGUAUCAAUUGCUGAAGAUUGAAGUAAGAGGGUGGAAGGGAACAAGGAUCGAAUACGAUGAGCUUAGGCAUAAGGCAGCAUAUUUAAGUCACGAGGCGGUAGAGGAAUAUCAUGAGGAAGACGAGGAGGAUCUGGGAGAAGUGACAGUCACUCAGACGAGUCUGGACAAUCUCCGGACUUUGCAAAAUACUGGUGGACUCAAGGCUGUUGAGUUGGGGGAAAAACUGUGGACCAAUCAGAACGCAUAUCCGAUCGAGCAGUCUGGUAUAUUGCUUGCUACGCUUCGCUCCGCUGCGGACUAA